AGUGGCAGUUGGAAUGACAUUGAUGAGUGACAGCCGAUCUCAAAAUUAGAUUUUUUUUCUUAUCAAAGUUGUAGCAUAAGUGUACCAAAAAAUGACUGCGUUUGAGGAAUUUGGUGUGCUUCCCGAAUUGGGAAAGGCUAUUGAAGAAAUGGAGUGGACAUUACCGACAGAUGUUCAAGCGGAGGCGAUACCAUUAAUCUUAGGUGGUGGAGAUGUCCUUAUGGCUGCAGAAACCGGCAGUGGCAAGACCGGCGCAUUCUGUUUACCUAUAUUACAAAUAGUUUGGGAAACCUUAAAGGAUAUACAAGAAGGAAAGACAAGUAAAGUGAUACUACAAACAGUUACUGAGUGGACUUUGUCAUUUUUUGAUCGAACAGAAGCUUUGGCAGUUACUCCAGAUGGUUUGCGAUGUCAAUCUCGUGAUCACAAAGACUGGCACGGCUGUAGGGCUACCAAAGGUGUACACACCAAGGGAGCUUAUUACUAUGAGGCUAUUGUAACUGAUGAGGGUCUCUGCCGUGUAGGAUGGUCAACACAAUCUGCAAGGCUGGAUCUAGGAACUGAUAGAUUUGGUUUUGGAUAUGGUGGGACUGGUAAGAAGUCAAAUGCCAAACAAUUUGAUGACUAUGGAGGUGCAUAUGGCAAAAAUGAUGUAAUAGGUUGCUUAUUGAACCUUAAUGAAGGAGAGAUUCGUUAUACAAAGAAUGGAGAAGACUUAGGUAUUGCAUUCAAACUAGAUCAAUCACGUAAAUUAGAUUGCUAUUUCCCUGCUGUUGUUCUGAAGAAUGCUGAAAUGAGUUUUAACUUUGGUGCUACACCUUUCAAGCAUACUCCACCUAAAGAUUAUGUGGCAAUCUGCAAUGCGCCCAAGGAAUGUGUCAAACUUAAUAAUGUCUCGUCAGUUCAGUUAACUGACAGCAAGCCAGUGAACAAUGCACCACAGGCUAUCAUCAUUGAGCCAUCUCGUGAACUUGCUGAACAAACAUGUAACCAAAUUACCAAAUUUAAAAAGUACUUAGAAAAUCCAAAAGUAAGAGAGUUGCUUGUAGUUGGUGGUAUCAAUGUUAAAGAUCAGAUUAACCAGCUGAAUGCGGGCAUUGACAUUGUUGUUGGUACACCUGGAAGACUCGAGGAUCUCAUUCAAGGAGGAUACUUAGCGCUGACGCACUGCCGUUUCUUCGUGUUGGAUGAAGCGGACGGUCUCCUGAAGGCGGGCUACGGCGAGCUGAUCGAGCGCCUCCACAGACAGAUCCCCAAGAUCACCAGCGACGGCAGACGACUUCAGAUGGUUGUCUGUUCUGCCACUCUACAUGCAUUGGAAGUUAAGAAGAUGGCUGAGAAACUGAUGCACUUUCCUACAUGGGUGGACCUGAAGGGCGAGGACUCUGUGCCGGAGACGGUGCACCAUGUCGUCGUGAAUGUGGACCCGCAGAAGGACCGCUCCUGGGAGACAUUGCGCAAGACAAUACAGACGGACGGCGUCCAUGCAAAGAACAACAUGAAGCAGGACGCCAACACGCCUGAAAGGUGGUCUGAGGCCGUCAAGAUAUUGAAGGGCGAGUACUGCGUUCAAGCUAUCAGGGAACAUAAAAUGGACAGGGCUAUAAUCUUCUGCCGCACUAAGCUGGACUGUGAUAACUUAGAGAAGUAUCUACGUUCUUUCGGCAACGAGUUUAGUUGCGUGUGUCUGCAUGGCGACCGCAAGCCGCCGGAGCGCAAGGCCAACUUGGAGAAGUUCAAGCAGGCGCAGGUCAAGUUCCUCAUCUGUACUGAUGUCGCUGCCAGGGGUAUUGAUAUAUCCGGACUGCCCUUCAUGAUAAAUGUGACUCUGCCAGACGAGAAGUCUAAUUACGUGCACCGUAUCGGCCGUGUUGGUCGUGCGGAACGCAUGGGGCUGGCUAUCAGUCUGGUUGCUACUGUACCGGAGAAGGUAUGGUACCACGGCGAGUGGUGUUCGUCUCGCGGCCGCAACUGCUGGAACACCAACCUCGUAGACGACAGGCCCAGAGGCUGCUGCAUGUGGUACAAUGAGCCGCAGUACUUGGCAGAUAUUGAAGAUCAUUUGAACAUAACUAUCCAGCAAAUUGAGCCAGACAUGAAAGUGCCAUGUAAUGAGUUUGAUGGGAAAGUUGUGUACGGUCAGAAGAGGAAGCAAAUUGGUACUGGCUACCAGGACCACGUGUCCCAGAUGGCACCAGUGGUGCGCUCCUUACAGGAACUCGAGUCUCAGGCGCAGUUGUACUAUCUUAAAUCACAUCAUAAUGCUGUCGUCACUGCAUAAUUACGUCUAUAGUUUAAAUAUUAUUUAAUACUGAUACCUGAAAUACAUUUAUCUGAAGUUAAUUUUCUAUGAUCUGAAGCUGGUAAAUGUCGAUUUAGGUAAACUUACGGCAGGUGAAAAAUGUACCUAAAAACUAUGUUAACAUGAUUGUUAAUGUGGAACUUAUGACUGCUUUAAUAAAUAUUAAUCCAGAAA